AUGAACGCCGUCAUUAGAGCAGCGAUUCUCAGAACACAAAGCUAUUCUUCUUCUUCUCACCUGAAAACCGCGUUUUUUCAUUCUACUCCCGUCUUGGAACGCAAACGUCGCACUUCCUGGGAUUCGAAAACAAAUGUUCACAAGAAGAGGUUCAGAAGAAUGAGGGAAAAGCAAGAAUUGUUGCGAGAUGUUAAUUCUUUUGCAGCAAACAUGUUUACGAGUUGGCAUGAUGAGUUUGAUUAUGAAGAUCCCUCCUCCCGGAAGAAGACCUCUUGGUUCAAGAAACAGUACGCCAAGGAACCUAAUGGAAACCGGAAUGGCAAAUACGGCUCUCAGAAUUGGGGUAAAAGGCGUUUCGAAUUUUGUGAAGCUGAUGAGGACUUUGACAUGGACUAUGUAUUCCGGACUGCUUUUGGUGGUAACAGAGGAUUCUCUUUUUCAUUCACACAUGAAGAGGAUGAGCCUCGAUGGCAGCAUCAUCGCUCAUCGAGGUUUUCCAAAAGCUCCAAGAGGUCUUGGAGAUCGAGAUAUGAUGAAGAAGAUGAAGACGAAGAAGAUGGGUAUACUUCAACGGAAUCUAGCGACUCUGAGUCUGAGCCAAACCAAGCUUCUCAUAGACAAGCACUUGGCCUGAGUCCUUCUGGUCCUUUAAACCUUAAAGAUGUCAAACAUGCAUAUCGGAUUUGUGCAUUAAAAUGGCAUCCAGAUCGUCAUCAAGGCUCUACAAAGGAGGCGGCUGAAGCAAAGUUCAAGCUCUGCAGUGUGGCUUAUCAAUCUUUAUGUGAAAAGCUAGCAGUGAACUAA